AUGUCUUUGUGGCUCUCAAAACACCUCAGGAGCCUGAGUUCCAGAGCUCCCUCUGCAAGCAGCCCAGCCCAUUUCCUCAGGAAUUUGGGUACUCGUUGGGCAAGUGCAUCCUGUGGUGGUGAGGCCAGGGCCCAUAAUAAGUGGCAAAAUUCAGUUUACGCCCAAAAAACCACAUUGCCUAAGUUGAACGUCAGUAUCCGGAAGUAUGGAGCCCCCUUAUUUGCUGGCAGCAACGGAUGGCUGUAUCGUGGUAGCAUGCCAUACCGCCUUUUCUCCAAGUCCAGCAUCCAGGGUGGUGUAAGUACCAAAGAUAUUCUGUUUCCAUGUAAUUUGGGUGAUCUUUAUACCGCUGGAAUGUUUAGUGAUGACUCUGUUAGAACAGACUCCAUGUUUACUCAUGAAGACAGGAAUGCACUUAGCGCUACUGGCCGUUCUUCUAUCAUUUACAGGAAAAAUGCUCAAGAAUCCCCCUUUUUGAAGUUGAUGGCUCAAAAGGCUAAGGGGAUCUUAAAAGUGUUCUCUAGUGACUCGAUAGAAAACAGCGAGGAACGCAAGCACUUAUUGUCUCUCGUUGAAAAGCUCCCAUGUCGUCUCCCCGGCAUCUCAUCGCCAACAAGCCAAGAUCACUGUCAUACUACCAAUGAUGAGGCUCGUUAUAUGAGCCAUGCACAAAGUGGGGAUAUCACUAGUUUCACUUUGCUCUCUGACGAAUCUUCUGGUCUUGACUGGCUCGGAAAUGCAGAAGAUGCAGUAUCUAUCAAUUGGCACGAAACAACGCAGAAAAAACAGGACAGUGCCACAGUCCAUGAGAAAAACCUAAUCAAUGAGAUGUUUAAUGAUUUGAUUGCGCAUGACACUAAAUGUUUUGUGCCAGCCUCAAAACUAGAAGUUCUCCAAAACUUUUCAAGUCUUGAACCAGAAGAACAGAAACGUCUGGCCUUUUUCUUAGGAAUUUUUCCAAUUUCAUGGGAAGCGUCUAAGAAUACUCUUCAAGGCGCAGAGACUCCACAAUUGAUAUACUUAGAUCUCGAUCUUCCGGAAUCCGACUUAGAUGAUUGGGACUUGCAUGCACUGUUGAGAGAGAGUAUCUCUCCUUGUUCUGAGGAAGUUGCACAUACACAAAGUGACCUCUUAAAGAUUGACACAGGGACCAUUAUGAAGAUAACUCUGGACAUUCCAAUCUUUCUGAGGUGUGAAAACAGAGAAAUGAUGUCCACGAGCUGCCAGGAUGGAACCACCGACCUUGUGCAGUCGAGACUCGAUUCUAUUAUCAGGUUGACAGAGUCUGAUCACGAAACCACUGAAAGUGUCAUAGCUCGUGAAAAUGUGUUGGAACUUAAAGAUCGUGGCUUCGACUGUCUCAGCGCUGCGGAAAAAAAUGACCUUCUGUCUUCAACUGGUACAUUUGAUUGGGAUCAAUUGAGCUUUACCGAAUCCGCCACUUUAAUUUCUUCGAGGCUUUUCUGGACCUCACUUGAUUCUGAGAUCGAUGAUGGCUUUAGUUGGGUCUACUCUCCCGUGCUUCAGUUGAAGGAAAAAAUUGUAAAAACAGAUACUGGCCAUUGGACGACUCAAAACCAUGACGGGAAAUCAGAUAAUGGCUCAAUUUUAAACCCUGAAUUCCAGCAGGCUAUUGAUUUGGAACAUACUGAAUAUGCAUACUUGAGCCUUGAAUUGCCUGGUUUGGCAGAAAUCUCACACGAAAAUCCUACAAAUAUGGAGCUUACAUCAUGGUUAAUUCUUUACCAGGACUUAUUACUGGGAUAGGGUCAAUAGACAAAGCUAAAUGUAGAUUUAUACUUAGUCUGACAAACACUAAUAAUUCUGACCUGUUGGCAUUUAACAACGAG